AUGACGCCUCCUACUGCCUCGUUCACGCACCCCUCCGCACCGGCUUCGGUGGACACCAAGCCUAGCAAGGGCACAUUUGACCUGGCUUCCAAGCGCGCACUGCAGCAUGUAGCCAUCGCCGCCGGCGCUGAGCCUAUCGAGGACUUCUCGGGCCACUACCGUUUCGCCGAGAUCAAGGAGUCGCACACUUCGCGCGCCAUGACCUCGCGCUACAUGACCGACAUGAUGGACGCAGCCGUCUCGGACGUGGUCAUCAUCGGAGCUGGCUCCGCCGGUCUCACCUGCGCCUAUACUCUCGCCAAGCAACGCCCUGAUCUGCGUAUUACCAUUCUCGAAGCCUCCGUCGCUCCCGGAGGUGGCGCAUGGCUGGGUGGACAGUUGAUGAGCGCAAUGGUCAUCCGUAAGCCUGCGCACAAUCUGCUCGUCGAGAUCGGCGUGCCGUUCGACGACGAGGGUGCGUACGUGGUCGUCAAGCACGCCGCACUGUUUACGAGCACGCUCAUGAGCAAGCUGCUGGCUAUGGAGAAUGUGAAGCUCUUCAAUGCGACGUGCUGCGAGGACCUCAUCAUCAAGAAGGACGCACAGGGCACGCAGCGCGUCAACGGCGUCGUGACCAACUGGACGCUGGUGACUAUGGCUCAUGGUCUGCAGUCCUGCAUGGACCCCCAGACCAUCACUGCUCCCGUGGUUAUCGGCGCCUGUGGUCACGAUGGCCCCUUUGGCGCAUUCAGCGUGAAGCGUCUCAGCUCGGCUGGCCUCAUCAAGCUAGGCGACAUGCGUCCCAUGGACAUGAACAAGUCCGAAGGUCUCAUUGUCAACAACACGCGCGAGGUGUUCCCCGGCCUCAUCGUGAGCGGCAUGGAGCUAUCGGAGCACGACGGCCAUCCGCGCAUGGGCGCCUCGUUCGGCGGCAUGAUCGGCUCCGGCCAGAAAGCCGCCUACGAAGCCAUCACCCUCUUUGACUCGCUCAACGUGCUCGAUGGCGAAGUCAUCUCCACCAAGCAUUAA